AUGUUGUUGCGUGACUGCGACCUGGACUCGUUCUCCCGAUUGGAUUCAUCCGACCAACAAGAGGACUUCGAAUGCUAUAAGCUUGUGGAUAAAGAUGAUCACGACCUUCUGAUUUCGUACAUGUUGACCGAUGGACUUCCUGUGAGAUAUCCUGAUUACCACUGUGGACUGGAAGAUUAUCUGGAUUCCUUCAGCGCAGAAAUCUCGGAAAGCGAUCUUGCAGCGUUGAAUAAGAUGAUGACUUCUCUGAAGGAUCGUCAUUCUUUAGCAGCGGAACAGUUGUUGAGGAACUAUAAACUAGUCCCUUCCACCAGCAAGGAUCCCUGUUUCCGUUUGGUGAGCUUUCCCGCUACUUAA